UUCACCUUUAGGAGGAGUGUUUUCGCCUUUGGAGUUGCAUCCGGUUCCUGGCAGACGCCAUGCUGUGUGUAUCGCUUGUGCUCCUACAAAUAUGGUUGGUGCACUGCUGCAAUUCUGGAGUCGAGCUCUCUUCGAACAACCUGUUAUGCAAGAAACGCCUUGCAUACCCGUGCGAUGCCAACAAUGAUGAAGUGGAAGGGUGUUGUUGUGAGAAUGGCUACCAAUGGAAUGCCACCGGAUAUUGUGAAGAAUGCUCCUUUUCCAUCAACUGGGGUUGCACAGCAGCCAUGGUGGUGGCAUCAGGCGCUGGAAUUGCUGCGGCGCCUGCACUCUUGGCACUGGCAGGGUUCACCAGUGCUGGCAUUUCUGCAGGGUCAUUAGCGGCACUGUGGCAAGCGAACAUGGCAGGGAUCGCGAGUGGGAGCCUUUUCUCUACUUUGCAAAGCAUCUCCAUGGCUGGUCUGGGUUGGGGUGGCACUGUUUCAGUUGGAGGCACUGUUGGAGCAUAGCUGCUAUGCCUCCCUGAGUUGUUUGGUCCAGCUUUAAAGCACUUAGGACGUCACAACCCAUUUAGAUCCUUAGGACGUCAGGAGCCUAGAGCAGGAGGGUCAAGCCUUAACUUAGCAGUGGUAUACAAAUAUGUAACUCUCUCAUGCCAUAUCAGUUGUGAGAAGGGUUGUAGAAGAUGGAGUAGGGC